ACCAGAUUCUGAUUUCAACCAUGGCAAGAAGCUGAGCUGAUUAACCUGCUCGAUAUUGGGAAAACUGCUUCGUGUGUGGGAAGAUGAUGUCAUGAAAUAACACGCUGCAGGCAGCUCUGUUAACUUAAUGGGAACAGAGGUUAAGAGGAAACUUUUAAAAGAAAAAAAAGUUUUUCCAGACUGAAGCUGAGGAUUUGGCGAGAAAACACAAAAUGUCUUCUGAAGGAAAAAAACUUUUCAACAUCAUUAUUUUGGGAGUCUCGUUUAUGUUUAUAUUCACUGCUUUCCAGACAUGUGGAAAUAUUGCGCAAACUGUUAUCACAAAUUUAAACAACACGGAUUUCCAUGGCAGUGGCUACACAAGCAUGUCCAUUAUUUAUGGAGUAUUAUCUGCAUCAAAUCUUAUAUCACCUUCAGUGGUUGCAAUAGUAGGACCUCAAUUCUGCAUGGUUAUUAGUGGCAUAUUUUAUAGCCUAUACAUUGCAGUCUUUAUCCAACCUACUACAUGGGCUUUCUACACUGCUUCUGUUUUUAUUGGCAUUGCAGCUGCUGUCCUCUGGACAGCACAGGGAAAUUGCUUGACUGUAAAUUCUGAUGAAAACACCAUUGGAAGGAACAGUGGAGUGUUUUGGGCACUUCUACAGUCCAGCUUGUUUUUUGGAAACCUCUAUAUAUACUUUGCCUGGCAAGGAAAGACUCACAUAUCAGAGAGCGAUCGCAGAACUGUCUUCAUUGCUCUGACUGUUAUCAGUCUUGUGGGCACAGUUCUGUUCUUUCUGAUUAGGAAACAAGAGGACACAAAAGCUCCAGGGGAUGAAGAUUCUACUAAUGAAAUCCUGGGGGAGAGCUCGUCUGCACAAAACAAAAUGAUGAGAGCAGUGGCUGCCUUCAAGAAAUCUAUUACACUGAGCUUCACCAAAGAGAUGAUGCUUCUCAGUGUCACAACAGCCUACACAGGUUUGGAAUUAACAUUCUUUUCUGGAGUGUAUGGAACAUGCAUUGGUGCUGUGAAUAGAUUUGGCAGUGAACAGAAAAGCCUAAUUGGUCUCUCUGGUAUUUUUAUCGGUGUUGGAGAAAUCUUGGGUGGAGGAAUCUUUGGUUUGCUGAGCAAGAACAGUCGCUUUGGCAGGAACCCAGUGGUGAUGCUGGGCAUCCUUGUCCACUUCAUAGCCUUUUAUUUAAUUUUUUUCAACAUGCCAAAUGAUGCUCCUAUUGCUCCCAUGGAAGGAACAGAUGAAGUUGCUUAUAUGAUUCCAAGCAAAGAGGUGGCCAUGCUCUGCAGCUUCCUGCUGGGGCUGGGGGACAGCUGCUUCAACACCCAGCUCCUCAGUAUUUUAGGAUUCCUGUAUUCAGAAGACAGUGCUCCUGCCUUUGCCAUCUUUAAGUUUGUUCAGUCCAUCUGUGCUGCAGUUGCCUAUUUCUACAGCAACUACUUCCUUCUGCAGUGGCAGCUCCUGAUCAUGGUGAUCGUGGGAUUCUUUGGAACAAUCACCUUCUUUGCAGUGGAGUGGGAAGCAGCAGCAGCCCUGGCUGCCCGUGGCUCAGACUACAGCAGCAUUUGAUCCUGAUAACCAUGGCUGCUCUGACUUAAGGAACAGCACAGGCAUGUUUUUUGGGAAGUGAUGUGAAAAGGUGGAAAAGGUCAAGCUGCUGCAGAGGUUGAGAUGGAGGCAGCUGCUACUAAAUCACCGUCAGUCCAACUGG